GGUUGCUUUAUCAUACGUUGUAGUAAGAAUAAUAGACAGAACCGUUGCUCAGAUUCUUGCGCGUUUUGUCUUUAGCAAGUUAUCACAAAUGCGCUAUAGUCAAGCUCUGUCGAGAAGCUUGCACGCAUUCAGCCACCAGUUGCAGGCGCCGUAGCCGUGAACGCGGACGGAAAAACGCCGAGCGCCAGCUCGCGACCUCGCGAGCUUUAAUCGAGGUCUCAUCGUCUAAUAAUAACGGCCGAUGUCUAACAACAUUUAUUUAUUUCUACAAUUAUGGGAAUAAUUGAUAAUAAAUUCUCCAUUUAAUCCUAUUUCAUAUCACUGUUAUUAAAUAGUUUAAUUUAUUGAAUUUUUAGUUAUAAAUGGAAGUCAAAGUAGUUAGAGAAGAGACUUCUAUGAAAAGUUUUCAACAAGUGAUCAAAAUGAUUAGAUAUUCGGUUAUUAAUAAUUAUUUAGAAAAAUAUUAGUGCAAAGAGUGUGAAAAUGUAAGAGUUUUAACUGUUAAUGAAUAUACCUUUAGCAUAUGACACUUACCCUGGAGUUUGGUACAGAUGAAUUAACGUCGUUAGAGAGAUAGCUUAAGUGAAUCAUCGAUAGAAAGUGCCACUAAGUUAGCAAGUUUCAACGUACAAACAUUAACAAAAGAUCAGACAGCAUGGAGGAAGAAGAAGAAUAUCCAGUUAACAUUGGAGAUACAAACGUGAAAGCAUUGCAAGAAUUACGGGAAAGAUGUGAGGGUAGGGUGACAGCUUCACUUUAUACUGGAACACUUUUCGUUGGUACUGUAGCUUCAUUUAUUGCACUCAUCACUCUGUGUAUUUUACACGCCAACGAUCUCAAAAAUAUUGUGGUACAAGUCUCAAUCUUAACAACGAUAUCCAUAUCAUCUUUAAGUUUUCUAGUGAUAGUACAGUUUCCAUUGAUUUCAACAUCAACACGAACUAGAAUUAUUAUUGGUUUAUUAGCUGCAUUGAUAUUUGGCAUUGGUGUUGUAAUAUUGAAGGGACCGUUUCCACUUUUUGCAUGUGUUUUAGCAAUAAUUGUUGUUCUCCCCUCAAUUAAAAAUUAUCAACUAAGCAUAAUUGCUCCUAUACUUGCUGGUGCACAUAUUAUUCGAGGAGUCGUUAUGGUUUUGACAACUGAUGAUGAUACAUAUUAUCAGGUCAUAGCAGAUGCAGUAUUCCUUUUUGUAGCCAUUUUAGCUGGAGUCUAUUACAGAAUUCUAACUGCUCAAGCACAUCAACGGACAUUUACAUGUAUAAAAACUGUCAUAGAUUCUCGGAUAAAGCUUGAAUGUGAACGAGAACAACAAGAACAACUGUUACUUAGUGUAAUACCAGCUUAUAUAGCAGCAGAGGUAAAACGCGGUAUUAUGUUGAAGAUGGCUGAUGCUUGUCAGGAUGUGAGCAAGCACAAGCAAACUCGCUUUCAUGAUAUGUAUGUUCAACGACAUAAUAACGUCAGCAUACUCUAUGCCGACAUUGUCAACUUCACUCCACUUUCUGAGCAACUUUCAGCUUCGGAUCUUGUUCAAACUCUCAACGAACUUUUCGGGCGAUUUGAUCAAAUUGCUCAGGAUAAUCAAUGUAUGAGGAUCAAGAUUCUAGGAGAUUGCUACUAUUGUGUCUCAGGAUUACCUGUUUCACGACCCAAUCAUGCUUAUAAUUGUGUAAAUAUGGGGCUACAGAUGAUUGAAGCUAUCAGGUUUGUUCGAGAAGCAACGGGAUUCAAUGUUGAUAUGAGGAUUGGUAUUCAUACCGGAAACGUUUUGUGUGGCGUCCUUGGCUUGCGGAAAUGGCAGUUUGACGUUUGGAGCGACGACGUCACUCUCGCCAAUCAUAUGGAGAGUGGUGGACUUCCAGGGAGAGUUCAUAUUACAAAAGCUACACUUGAUCAGUUGGAUGAUCGUUUUGAAGUCGAACCCGGUAAUGGAGGUACUCGAGAAAGUUAUUUAGCAGACCACAAGAUUGAAACCUUUCUCAUAAUACCACCCAAGAAAGUAAUAGAAAAGAAUGAACUGGAAAAUGGGAAAUUACCAAAAUCGGGGUCAAUACCAUCGCGAUCGCGUCCAAGCAGUAAAAUGACAAAGUAUGUCGAAUGCUGGGGUGCAGAUAAGCCUUUUGCAAACAUUACAGAAGCAAUGCUGGCAAAAAAUAUUGGAUUAACGAGCAUACUAAUGAUUGAAUCAAACAUUCUGACACAUAAUUCAAGCUGUUUCAACAUCAAACGUUGCUGCAAAAAUAACAAUGAAAUGUCAACGACAACAUAUUGGUUCAGAGAUAAAAAACAAGAGAAUAUGUAUCGUGAUCAGAAAGAUGUUCAAUACCUUUGGUAUGUAAUUGUAGCGCAAAUUCUCUAUAUGAUGAUGUUUUGCAUUCAAAUAAUUUAUUUACCCAGAAGUAUUACAGUUUAUGGUUGUUUUGGAGCAGGCUUAUUUUCUUUUACUAUUUUUACUGGAAUGUCGUGGUAUGCUAAUAGAAUAAACACAACGAAUAAUCUUAAUAAAUCAGUGAUUUUGAGUCGAGGAAUUAGAAUGAUGGUUUAUCUUAUAACUGCUGGGCUUGCAGUGGCUUCAGCACUCAUCAGUUUAAUUGAUGUUAAUGAUGAUGCAUAUUCUAUUACACCAGCAUUUUUAUAUUCAUCCGUAAUAGCUCUAGUUGUUGCAUGGGCUCAUCUUCGUGUAGGUUUUCUUUUAAAAUGUUUUAUUAUGAUUGGAUCAAUAGUUAUCAUUCUCAUAGUAUUCUCCCAAUCUCCAGCUAUUGCUCUUUAUUAUCAAAAUGAAGUCGAAUUUUCUGGCAUUCCUUAUUUAGUUCAAAUAAGCUAUUCACUUCUCUUGAUUGCGUCAAUAUUUCAUGUUCUUGAUAGACAGCUUGAAUAUACAGCAAGAACUGAUUUUCUUUGGGAGACGAAACUCAGAAUAGAACAAGAUGACGUAGAAACUAUGAGAGGGAUUAAUAAAAUUCUCCUAGAAAAUAUUCUUCCUGCUCAUGUAGCUCGUCAUUUCCUUUCAACACGAGACAGUGAAAAUCUAUACCAUGAGCGAUAUAAUAGUAUUGCUGUCAUGUUUGCCUCAAUACCUAAUUAUAAAGAAUUCUAUGAUGAGACUGAUGUUAACAAACAAGGACUGGAAUGUCUGCGGCUUUUAAAUGAAAUUAUCUGUGAUUUUGACAAAUUAUUACUUAAACCAAAGUUUUCUUGCAUUGAAAAAAUAAAGACAAUUGGUAGUACUUAUAUGUUGGCUUCUGGACUUAGUCCUGGAAAAGAAGAUAUUGAAAAUAAGGAUUUGUCAAAACAAGAAGAACACAAUGUUAUUGUUCUUGUGGAGUUUGCUAUUUCUUUGAUGACUGUUUUGGAUCAAAUCAAUCGAGAAUCUUUUCAACGAUUUAAACUUCGAAUAGGUCUGAAUCAUGGACCAGUAAUAGCUGGAGUAGUUGGUGCUCAAAAACCUCAAUAUGAUAUAUGGGGCAACACUGUAAAUGUAGCUUCAAGAAUGGAUAGUUGUGGAGAAAUGGGAAAAAUUCAAGUAACAGAAGAUAGUGCAAAAAUAUUAAUCAAUGCAGGAUAUGAUCUUUUAUGUCGUGGACCGACAUACGUAAAAGGUAAAGGAACUUUGACAACAUAUUUUGUAAAAACUCCUUUUGAUGGUAAAGAGGAUUAUUAUUAAAACGAAAAAUCUUGUAUAUAUGAUAUUUAAAUAAUUUUAACUAUAAUAAUAAAUUUCGUUCUAAACAUUAACUAAAAAAAAAACAAAAAGAGAUAUAGAAGUAUAUUUUAUUUUAAAUGAAAAACUAAAAUAGAAAACAUAAUAAUACGAAUAAUAAACAUUAUAUUAUUGAUAAUGCAUAUUGAUCUCAAACAUCUAUUUACUUUAAA